CGUGCGAGUGUGGAACCGGGACUCCUUAAAUUCUUUCCUUAUUUCGUCGCGCUAAACCGGCGAUACUUCACUGGCGCUUUUCUGCUACAGAAAAGGACGACGGAGUGCCACCGCCAAGUGCAAAAAACCCCGUGAACGGCAGUUUCAGCGGCGUGCAUCGGAGUUUGGCGUCGGGCUUGCCGGUUUGUUUGUGCUCUUUCGCCAUACCCCGGCAUCGGCGUUACCGGUGGUGGUCCCCGCACCAGAAAACCCGCAAGAACCAGUUGCAGAUUUUGACCGACCCCGUAACAUGGCCUCAGUCGCAAAGAAACCAAAGAAGUCCGUGGACGCUCUGGAGGACGAGUCGGAAGCGCUGGAGGCGAUAGAUAGCUGCCAGAACGAAAUCGACGCGCUGAACGAGCGGGCAAGCGAAGAGAUUCUUCAGGUGGAGCAGAAGUACAACGCAUUGCGCAAACCGUACUACCAGAAGCGCAACGAAAUCAUCCAACGCAUUCCAAGCUUCUGGGUAACGGCCAUCGUGAACCAUCCACAAUUGUCGCGCAUUCUGGAGGAAGAGGAAGAGGAGUGUCUGCAGUUUCUGGACAAGCUCGAAGUGGAGGAGCAUGAAAACAUUAAGAGCGGUUAUUGGAUCAACUUUUACUUCGACGAGAAUCCUUACUUCGAGAAUAAGGUCCUUACGAAGAAGUUCAACCUGGGCGCCGUGAACAAUGAAAGCCCCGUGUCGACAAGUACACCGAUCAAGUGGAAUCCGGAUCGUGAUCUGACUAAAACGCUACCGAAGAAGAUGGCAGCAGCAGGGCGGCGAAAACGCCACCUACAGUAUCGGACAUUCUUUGAAUGGUUCACCGAUAACAACGAUCCAAUCAACGAUGAUAUCGCCGAGCUGAUCAAAGAUGAUCUGUGGCCCAACCCGCUGCAGUACUACCUUGUUCCCGACGUCGAGGUGGAGCAGGAGGACGACGAGGACGGCGACGGAGAAGAUGACUUUGGCGAGGAGGCAGACGAAGAGGAAGAAGCUGAUGAGGUAGAAGAUGAGGAGGAGAAGGCAUCCUAAGCCCUUUUCCUACUACGUAUAAUUCUAUUUAGCGCUUACUGUCGACUAAGGAUCAUACUGCUGGUGUAACUUUCCCUACUACCACCUAAUCAGGACACAGUCGUUUUUAUUUUGAUAUCUUCUACUAGGGUCACUCACUUACUAUUUAAAACUAAAAUUGAAAAUAUUGUAUCAUAGGCUAAUUAGGUUUGUAAAACGCUGAACACGGUACAGCACCUUCCCUGCUAUCACCUGUCUUCAAAUACGCGUAGUUCCGGUAAGCAGCAACAAUCGCAAAAAAAACUUCAAA